UUUCCAAGUGAACGGACGCGCUACGAGAGCCGGAACAACGCGGAACAAAACUAUCUAGCGUGCGAUUUGCGAUCCGCGCGAAAUUCUCCCACGCUUUUCUUUCCCCACACGAAAUGUGGUUCGGUGCGCUACUGCCGGUGCCGCUGUCGUUGUCGUUGUCGCUGUCGUUGUCGUUCUUCCCGUCGCUGUCAUUUGCCGGCUUCUGGCAGCCUUCGCCAAAGUUCUGAGCGAGUUAAAGUUUCUGUGCAUCGCAUCUGUCGUGCGGCAACUUCGGUUCCCCGUUACUUUUGCAUUUGCGUGCUUAAUUUGAUAAGGAACUAAGGUAAAGGAUUUUGAGAGCCAUGUCAGAGCCACACUGGCCACCACGCCCCCGCAAACGCCUCCGCCAAUGCCUACGCCCACAGGCCAGUGUCCCUGUCCGUGUCCGUGCUCGGCACCUGGCCACACUGCUGAUUAUAAAUGCCGCAGUUACCAUGCUGAUGACAGCCACGCCCGCUCUCGCCGAGAUUCCCUCAAAGGGCAAACACACGCGUCUGGAUACCCAGCAGACGGCACAGGAAGACGCGGACUUUCCGCGAUUCGCGGAGCCCAUUGCCAAUGUCACCGUUUCGAUUGGCCGCGACGCCCUGCUGGCCUGUGUCGUGGAGAACCUCAAGGGCUAUAAGGUGGCCUGGGUGCGUGUGGACACCCAGACGAUCCUGUCCAUACACCACAAUGUCAUAUCGCAGAACAGCCGCAUUAGUCUCACCUACAACGAUCAUCGAUCGUGGUACCUGCACAUCAAGGAGGUGGAGGAAACGGAUCGCGGCUGGUACAUGUGCCAGGUCAACACGGAUCCCAUGCGUUCCAGGAAGGGCUAUCUCCAGGUGGUGGUUCCCCCAAUGAUUGUCGAGGGCAUGACCAGCAACGACAUGGUGGUGCGCGAGGGGCAGAAUGUCUCGCUGAUGUGCAAGGCACGCGGCUACCCCGAACCCUAUGUUAUGUGGCGCCGCGAGGACGGCGAGGAGAUGCUAAUUGGCGGGGAGCACGUGAACGUGGUCGAUGGCGAGCUGCUGCACAUCACCAAGGUGAGCCGCCUCCACAUGGCCGCAUAUCUGUGCGUUGCAUCCAACGGAGUGCCGCCCUCGAUUAGCAAGCGGGUCCACCUGCGAGUGCAAUUUCCCCCCAUGCUCUCCAUUCCCAAUCAGCUUGAGGGCGCCUAUGUGGGCCAAGAUGUCAUACUGGAGUGCCACACGGAGGCCUAUCCGGCAUCGAUCAACUACUGGACGACGGAGCGUGGCGACAUGAUCAUAUCGGACACAUCGCGGGCCGGCGAUAAAUACGAGACCACAUCCACAGUCAGCGGUUACACGAAAUACAUGAAGUUAAAAAUCCGCGCCGUCGGACCCAACGAUUUUGGCACCUAUCGCUGCGUGGCGAAAAACUCCCUGGGCGAGACCGAUGGCAACAUCAAACUGGAUGAAAUGCCAACACCAACAACGGCUAUUAUUUCCGAGAUGGCCAUGCUGAAUCGCAGCUAUGAUGGCAAGAGACGUCAUAGAAAUAAAUUUGACGCGGCUAACGCUUUGCCUGAUUAUGGGGUUGAGGAGUGGCGUGACGGUGCACAAGGCAACCAUGCUGGGAACAAUGGCGAUAACAAUCAAACGCCCGUGCGUAAUCCGCCUGGAGCAUUUCACAAUUCUGCAGGCUCACUGGCGCAGCAUAAUCUACUUGGUAAAAUAAUGCGCGGCAUUAAAACGCAAUCAUUGGGGAUUUUCAAACGUUUAUCGAGUUCCUUGCCAGCGGCGCUCUGGCUGUCGACGUUAUCGUUAUCAUCGCCGACUCGGUGGCGUAUGAGUAAUAUGAAAAACCAGCCGCACACACAGGAGACUGUUGUCAACGGCGAGCCAGCAGCUGGUUGCUGGGAGAGCAGCACGAAUAGCAACACGACCAUCGGGAGCAGGAGCACAACCACCAUCAACAGCCUACCAUUUUGGGCGUGGCAAUUGCGCAUAUUUCACAUUGCUCAUACGCCGUGUGUUGCGUCAACGCAGUAUUUGAAAUGCCAACGGCAAUGGCAGUGGAAGAGGCAGUGGCAGUGGCUGUGGCAAAGGCAAUGGCAAAGGCAAUGGCCAAUGCUCAUUUGCAUAGUAAUAUUGGCUGGCAGCUUUGUUGUGCUCCUCCCGAUGCUGCUGCAUUUUAUCGGCCGCCACAUCGCCACAUUUUCUAUUAGUACGGCGCAUAGGCAACAUUUUAUGCUUACUGGUAAUAAGGUUGUCGCCAUACACGCCGCAGCGACAAGAGCAACAAAGCCAACAGCAACAACAACAACAACAGCCACAUCCGCAGCCAGGCCAAAUACAUUUGCAAUGCCCUGCCUUCGAAAGUUUUCAAGAUGAAAUCAAAUAAUUGCAAAAGCAAAAAGAGACUCAUUUGGGGCACAAGAACAGCUUGAAAAAUAAAAUCAAACCAGCAAGACGUGGACGUGGACGCAGAGAAGGACGUGAGCUCGUAGACAAGAAAUGGAAAAGACAGUACAGACAGCUGCAGUUCGUGGUAUACAUACUUACACACAGAUACAGAUACAGAUACAAAUACAAAUACAUUAGAUAUAGAUAUGUUUAUGUUAGAGCGUAAAAUGAAAAUCAUGUUGAAUGUCAUACGGGCUUUGAGUUGAUUGACAAUUGAUUGAGUAAAAACUGCAGCUCCAUUUUCAGUGUGUCUGGGGAUAAUUGCGGAUAAGUAAUUAUCGGGAUGCGCAGAGAACAGCUCACAACAUCUGUCUGAAAGACAUACUCGUAUAUGUAUGUAUAUCUGUUUAUCAAUAUUAUUAAGGUCAAGCCGUAUCUGAUUAGUUGGUAAAAUAUUAAGGCCCAAGCUCAAUUUGUGUUCUUCAAUUAAAAAUUAGUUGUUUUUGUGAUUAACUUCUUAAGACCUACCAUCAGCAUCAGCAUGACCAAUGGGUAAUGAAAUGAUUUAAGAUAAAUAAAUAAAGACCAUUUAAGAAAAAUAUCUCUCCGAACAUUUGUAUCUUUUUUUCUCAGUUUCCAUGUUCAAGUCUUUAAUUCUUUAAUGACGAUACAAACAUUUGGCUUGCUGUAAUCAUUCAAAUAUUAAAAUAUGGAAAAAAUUUAUGUACAUGAAAAGGCAAAACGGACAAAAGCGGCAGAGCUGAAUGACUACAAAAAUGUGUUGCGUAAUGUAAAAACCAUAAAUAGAUCCAAUUAGAUGGAAAUAAAUUAAUUAUAGUCCAAGAACAGAAACCAAAAAAAUUGUGUGAAAAACGGUUAAUCAAAUUUGCAUUUAGAUGAAAGUAUUUAUGCAUAAAAUAAGCAUACAUAGCGAAUUUACCUAGUAAAUUUAGCAAACGUAUAAAAUAUAGAAAACCAAAAUUUAAAACGACAUAAAUAAGCCACAGAAUAGCAAAGAACAAGUGUAUGUAAGUGUUGAAUUAAGUCGUUUAAUAGAUAUACGGUUGAUGCUAAAAAUAUAACCAAAUAUAAUAGUUAUCCAAUUGUUUGUCGUUUGUCGUGAAAAAUGGCAGCUGCUAAAGAUAUGGGUUUUAUCGCUUUCGAUUUGUUUCAAUUCACAUUUUUCGAAGCAACAUAAAAAAACCCAUUAAAACUAAUGUAUUGCCUGAAAAUUGUCUAUUUUUCCGCCUACUUUCGGUGUUGCUCAUGUUAAUGGGAGUUUAAUUAGUGCACUUUUUGUUCUACUUUCAAUGUAAAUAUUUAAAUAAAAAAUAACGUUAAUGGAUAUUAAAUGCAUUCCAUGACACUGUACAUACAUACAUAUAGUAUAUGAGAGCAACUUUUUGUAUAAAUUCAGACUCCAUUUAGAACCAGGAGAGCUUCUCUUCAAAUUUAAGCGAGAAUUGCCACACAAACUUUCCGCUUUAACAUUUGUAAAUAAAUCCAAAACAUUAAAGUAUUUAAGUUGAAUUGAAUGUUAAAAUGUUGAAUAAAUAAAAUAAAUAUAAAUAUAUAAAUGUAGAAACCAAACCCCAGAGCCGGAGAGCAUGGGAAGCCCAAAGAAAAGAGGAUUUAUGUUCAAAUGUAAUUGAACAGAAUGAAUAUUUAAGCCUACGUAAGAAGCUCAGUCGAAACUAAAGAUGCAAACGGGAAACGAUAUGCAACUCUUUAGUUAGUUAUAUCUUAUAACAUAACUAUAUAUACAUAAUAUAUCUAUAGACCUAUCUAUGUGGAUAAGUGGCGGCAUAUCUGUGUGACAUAUUUGUAUGUAAAUGUAUGCAAAAGUUUACAGCAAAAUAAACAAGCAAACAAAAACAAA